AUGAAAGGCCUGGCAUACUUCGCAGUCACUGCCUCGGUGCAGGCUUCAAAAUUUGCGCACCAGUCCCUCCAUCGUGGGGCUACCAGUAGUCCGAGCUGUAACACCUACACAGUGAAGGAUGGAGAUACUUGUGCAAAAAUUGGCAAGUCGAGUGGAGCCACAUGGGCGCAGUUGCUCUCAUGGAACUCCGAUAUCAACCGCGAGUGCUCGAACCUCGGUGACUUCUCUGGUAAGGAUAUUUACAUCAGCAAUCCUGCGGGAGACUAUGCAAUUCCUGUCCCUAGUUCCACAACCUCAAGCAGUGCAACCGGCUCGCAGAGCAUUAUCACCACUACUGCCUCUAUUCCCUCGCCAACGGUUUCCGGAACCAACAGCAAGUGCGCCCGAUACUAUAAAAUCGGAACGGGCGAGACAUGCGACGCUGUGGUAAAGAAGUCGAGUAUCUCUAUAUCUGACUUCCUGUUCCUGAAUCCAGAGAUCAACGAGAAAUGUACAAACCUCCAAUUGGGUGUGUACUACUGUGUGCAGGCCGUCGGAUACAUUACAACGUACCCUGGCUAUGGCGGGACCUCAGAUGACUAUACCAAAGUGUCCAUGACCGCCGUUCCUUCAUCCGUUCUGAGACCAGAUUACCCCGGAGCCUUGCCAAACAAUUCUUAUCCCGUUAUUCCCCUUGCCAACGGUACCAGGAAGGACUGUUACGACUACAUGUGGCUGAGCAACACCACGGAUGACGCGCUCGCGGAUUGCUGGACAAUGGCCAUGACCAACGGUGUCUCUGCAGAAGACUUCAUCAUGUGGAACCCUUCGCUCGAAGAGAAGCCGCGUAGGAGUUCCUCCAUAGCUUCAACCGCCAGUGCUAGUGCAAGCUCGAGCUCGAGUGUUACCCCAGACUCGUACUACUAUCCUUGCACGCUGCGAGCCAGCUCGUCAUACUGUGUGAUGCUCUCUCGGCCUAAGAAGACCAAGGCAAGCGGGUCGCGAACCACUUCAUCAAUUGCUGCGUCGUCGACCCAAAGUCCGAAGCCUACAUCUAGUGCCUAA